AUGAAUUUAUUACCUAAAAAAUCAUGGAAUGUUUAUAAUGCAAAAAAUAAAGAAAAAGUUCAAAGAGAUGAAAGAGAACAUCAAGAGAAAUUAGAAAAAGAAAGAAAAAGGCAACAAGAGAUUCAAAGUGAAUUAAGAUAUAAACAUUUAAAAGAUGAAUCAAAGAAAAGAAAAUCAAUUGAAAAUGAUGAAGAAAAUCAAUAUAAUAAUAAUAAUAACAACGAUAAAGAUGUAAAAAAUGAAAUUAAUAAAACUAUAAAUAAUAAUAAUAAUAAUAAUAAUAAUAGUGAUAAUAAUAACAAUAAUAAUAAUGCCUCAUUAAUGAAUAUUUUUGAAGGUAUUCAAGAUGUGGUUUUUAUAAGUGGUAAAUUUAAAAAUGGUAAUCUAAAUAAAGAACCUAUUGACCCCAAUAGAAUUUCAAACAUUAAAUUAGGUGAAAGUUCAUAUGAAUAUAAUAGACAAAAACCAUUUUGGGAAUUAGAAACAAAUAACGAUUAUGAUAAAAGCAAUAAAGGUUCAGAAGAUUAUAGAAAAGAUAGAAAAGAAUGGAAAAAACAAAAAAGAGAAAAUUGGAUAAAAGAAAAAGAGGAUCCAAUUCAUAUAGUUGAUAAGGCACUAGGAAAAGAAAAAAGGUUAACUUCUUCCUCCUCUUCUUCCUCUUCCAUAUCUAAAACCUCUGCAUCAUCUUCCUCUUCAACCAAAAAAACAAUAGAACAAUUAAGAAAAGAAAGAAUUGAAAGAGAACAAAAUGAAAGAAAAAAAGAGGAUAUUUUAAGAAAUCAGAAUUCAACAUCAUCAAAUGAUAAUAAUGAACUAUCUACAUUUUCAUAUUUAAAGUAUAGUGGUGGUCAAAUCUCUUCAAAAAAAAAAUAA